AUGGCAAGCGACUACAACUCGAGAUCGGAAAAAAUGACAUUCGACAAAUGGAGGCCUGUCAUGCUGCACUCAAUCAAUGAUCACAGCAUCCUCGCAAAUUCUGAAACUGACCCAGUGAAGUUGUUUGACUUUGGAAAGUCAAGCAAACCGAUAUGGAUAACUCCAGUACUUGACCGUAUCAAGGCAGUGGAAGAUGUGGGACAAUUCAAUUUCUGUGUGAUUGCUGAUUCGAAAGUUUUGUUGAUGGAUUCCACUCUUGGUAAAAAGAAAAUGUCAAUCGAUAUGAAAGCCAAUGAGAAAUGUGUGGGAGUGCUCAGUGGGAAUGCGAAAGCUCCGUGUUAUAUGGUUCUGAAAGAUGAAAGAAAGAAGGAUAUUGUGAUACCACACCAACAUUGUAUUGUCGAUUCAAAGAUGAACUGCGCUGCAUGUGAUGGGAAAGGGCAAGUCAUUAUUCAAUACGGCAACACGAGUCAAAAUGAGUUUGCGGUGGAAGCGAAAAAAUUGAAAGACAGAAAUAGGAAACGAGGAGGGAAUGAGAUCGAAAAUGAACAACUUCAAAUGGCGCUGCGAGUAGAAGAAAGACACGAGAAGAUGAUUGAAGACGUCAAAUGUCUGAAAAUAGAUGCACCGAAAACAGAAGGCGAUACAGAGAGCAAAGAAGUCGGAACAGAAAACACACAUGCUCAGAACUCUUCGGAUCUCUUCAAUUUCCAACGGACAAUAGCUCGCGGAACUUUUGGAGAGGUUAAGGAAUACACCUCCAUCAAAACUGGUCGCUCAUUCGCUAUCAAAGAACUGAGAAGGUCACAUGCUCUUAAUGAGAUGUUCAUCAACGAUCGAGAGAUCCAGAAUCACAUGCUCAUCAAGCACAAGCACAUUGUCCGCUUCUUCGGUGCUUUCAAAGAUGAAUCAACAAUUUUCAUCGUUCUCGAGUUGAUGAGCCAGACGUUACGACAAGUGAUGAAGAACAAUGGCAUUAUGGAUGAAGCAUCAAGUGGAGUUGUGGUUAAGGCGGUUGCAAAAGGUCUUUAA